AUGACGUUUAAUCCAGAGCACUUCGGAUUAUCAGAAAAGGAUAAACUUCUUACCACAAAUGUUUUUAAGAGAAUAGCAGGAGAAUAUGGUCUUUCAACUCCAGAAGUUAGAGAGCAAGUUCAAAUUGCAACAACUAUUUUUCUUCAUUAUAUAAUAGAUGGCUGUGUUGCUUACCAUCAAAGAGACGACACCGAAAAGCCUGUGUCUGUUAAGACGGCAGAUAUUAUUCGUACACUAGAAAAUUCUGGUUUCAUAACUAUUGCAAGAAAAUGCGCAUCUCAGUAG